UUUCAUUGGUCUUCACAGGCUCUGUUUCCUGUCAUCAUGGGCUCCGAGGUCCCGAAGGAGAAGAUGGACGCUGCUGUGGAGGAUCUGAAUCAGUCGCUCCAAAUGCUGGAGGACAAGUUCCUGCAGAACAAACCGUUCAUAGUUGGCGACAAAAUCUCUGUGGCUGAUCUGGUGGCUAUAGUUGAGAUCAUACAGCCUGUUGCCACCGGCCUGGAUGUGUUUGAAGGCCGGCAGAAGCUGACCGCCUGGAGGGAGCGAGUGAAGAAGGCUCUCGGUGAAAAGUUGUUUGCGGAAGCUCACGAGGUGAUCAUGAAGGUUGGCAGCCUGCCGCAGCAGAUGCAGAACAACAGCAACCUGGAGAUGCUCAAACCAAAGUUUCAGAAGCUUUUCAGCUGAGUACAAAAGGAUAGAGGAUGACUGGCAAUGAUCUAAACAAAUAUUUAAUUGUGAGUUUUUUCCUUGCAGUAUUCGAGAACAUAAAGUAGUGUAAAACUGUUCAACUGUUUAGAAAACUCUGUGAAAAUGAUUUCAUUUUUUUCUGCAGAACAUUUGGUUUACCAACAGAAUUUUUUUUUCAUGUUAUAAACUUGAAGGAAAUCUAUACAUUUGAAAGAAAACUGGAAAAAUUCACCAGGAAAAAACAGGAACAAUCUAUUUCAACAACUCAUUCAUUAUGAGUGAAUGCAUAUUCAUGAUCCCUUCACAACAACUAUUAAAGAGCAUCAAAAUUAUAUAAAAAAUUCCCUGUCUGUGACCAUU